UCUCUCUCUCUCUCUCUCUCUCUCCCUCCCUCCCUCUUUCCCUCUCUCUUUCUCCCUGGCUGCUCUGCCUCCCAAAGCCCCAACCACCUGUGCAUCUGAGAAACCUAACUCCUUUCCUUGGAGCCUCGGGGAGUUGUGCCCUGGCGGGGAAGGCAGGGGCAGAGGCACACCGCUGGGAGGGGGCUGCCUGCCUCUUUCCUCCUCCUCCCUUCCCUGCACCCCCGUUCCCCCUCUUCUCCUCCGCCCCCCCACCCUCAGUCUGACGCUGCCUCCUCGGGAAGGGUGUUUAGAGGGCAGCGGCCGCCCCAAGCCGGAGCCCCGCAGCGCUUCUUAUGAUCAGCUCGGUGUGUGUAUCCUCCUACCGCGGGCGUAAGUCAGGGAACAAGCCUCCGUCCAAAACAUGUCUGAAGGAAGAGAUGGCCAAGGGCGAGGCGUCGGAGAAGAUCAUUAUCAACGUGGGCGGCACGCGACACGAGACCUACCGCAGCACCCUGCGGACCCUGCCUGGCACUCGCCUCGCUUGGCUGGCGGACCCCGACGGAGGAGGGGGAAGGCAGGAUCAGAAUGGGGGCGGCGGCCGCGCCGGGAGCAGCAGUAGUUGCGGUGGCGGCGGCAGCGAGUUUUUCUUUGACCGGCACCCGGGCGUCUUCGCCUACGUCCUCAACUACUACCGCACCGGCAAACUGCACUGCCCCGCCGACGUGUGUGGCCCGCUGUUCGAGGAGGAACUCACCUUCUGGGGCAUCGAUGAGACCGACGUGGAGCCCUGCUGCUGGAUGACCUACCGCCAACACCGAGAUGCUGAGGAGGCACUGGACAUCUUCGAAAGCCCCGACGGCGGCCCUGCAGCCGGGGAGGAGGCAGGGGAGGACGAGCGGGAGCUGGCCCUGCAGAGGCUGGGCCCUCACGAAGGUGGCAGUGGAGCCGGCCCUGGGGGAGCAGGUGCCUGCAAAGGAUGGCAGCCUCGGAUGUGGGCACUCUUUGAGGAUCCCUAUUCGUCUCGGGCUGCCAGGGUUGUGGCCUUUGCUUCUCUGUUUUUUAUCCUUGUCUCCAUCACCACCUUCUGCCUGGAGACGCAUGAGGCCUUUAACAUUGACCGCAACGUGACGGAGAUCCACCGAGUAGGGAACAUCACCAGUGUGCGCUUCCGGAGAGAGGUGGAGACAGAGCCCAUCCUGACCUACAUCGAGGGUGUCUGCGUCCUUUGGUUCACGCUGGAGUUUCUGGUGCGAAUCAUCUGCUGCCCAGACACUCUGGACUUCGUCAAGAACCUGCUGAACAUUAUAGACUUUGUGGCCAUCCUCCCCUUCUAUCUAGUAGAGGUGGGGCUGAGUGGACUCUCCUCCAAGGCAGCCCGGGAUGUGCUGGGCUUUUUGCGUGUGGUCCGCUUUGUCCGAAUUCUACGCAUCUUCAAGCUCACCCGACACUUUGUGGGCCUUCGAGUCUUAGGCCACACCCUCCGUGCCAGCACCAAUGAGUUCCUGCUGCUAAUCAUCUUCCUGGCCCUGGGUGUCCUCAUCUUUGCCACCAUGAUCUACUAUGCUGAGCGGAUCGGGGCCAAGCCAUCUGACCCAAGAGGCAAUGACCACACUGACUUCAAGAAUAUCCCAAUUGGCUUCUGGUGGGCUGUGGUCACCAUGACAACACUGGGCUACGGAGACAUGUAUCCCAAGACGUGGUCAGGGAUGUUGGUGGGGGCGCUGUGUGCAUUGGCUGGGGUACUCACCAUCGCCAUGCCCGUCCCUGUCAUUGUCAACAUUGGCAUGUACUACUCCCUCGCCAUGGCCAAGCAGAAGCUGCCCAAGAAGAGGAAGAAACAUGUGCCCCGACCCCCCCAGCUCGAGUCGCCAGCCUAUUGCAAGUCAGAGGAGACAUCACCCCGAGAUAGCAUCUUCAGUGACUCUAGCCCCCCAGUGGGGGAAGGAGGCAUGGUGGAGAGGAAACGGGCAGAUUCCAAGCAAAAUGGAGAUGCAAAUGUGGUGCUGUCAGAUGAGGAGGGGGCCUGCCUUACCCAGCCCUUGGCCUCAGCCCCGGAGGAACGAAGGGCCAUGCGCCGUUCCAGCACUAGGGACAAGAACAAGAAAGCAGCUACCUGUUUUCUGCUCAGCGCUGGAGACUAUGCUUGUGUUGAUGGCAGUGUCCGAAAAGAGACCUGCCAAGACGUCCUCUCGUCCAAUUAUGCCCAGGCCGAGGUCCUCACCUUCUCUUAAAGUUUGGCUCACGUGGAGGCCGGGAGCAUGGAGAGAGACAGUGCGAGAGGCUUAAGGAAAACCCUGGAAACCAGGCAAGGAUCUUUCACUCGGAAAGACUUGGAAAUCCUUGUUUGUGCAGGACUGUUGGAAAAAAACACGCACGCA